UUAUGAUCUCGGUCCUGGGAAAUGCGGUGAGGCUGUAGGCUUGAUAACACCCCGACUGAAUGUGCUUACCCAUCGUUCAUCUACUGUAUGAACGGAUAGAGACAUGGAGGAGCAUUUUAUGCAUUCCACUCAAAUGAAAAAAAGAAUGACCCCUGCUGGUGGUUCCACAUUGUCUGUGCCAGUGAGGGGGUCUGCAGCCGCUGUGCGCGUUCAGUUGGUCAACGUUAACAGCAACAGGAUUCCAUUGCUGCACAUGAAGGCGAUAUAGCACUGCCCUUUUUCACUAAUUGAAUUAUGUUUCUUUUUCAGCCAACGGUGAGUUUCCACCUGUGGUCGCCAGCUCAACCAGGUUGCCCUUCAGCUCUACGCCCCCGUCCAUCGGAAACCCUUUGAUGACCUUCCCCCCCACAGAUUACUCCCAAAAAUGGAUUCUUCAUACCUGCGGGGCUGUGGGCCCUGAAGGCCCGACUCCCAGCCAGUGCCUCAACUCCUACAGGAACAGCAACGUCAACGUGACUCUAGGCACCCGAGGGCCCUUCAAAGGCAUUCAAAUGUGGCGGGUCCCCGAAACUGCCACCUACAGGAUCACAGCCUACGGUGCAGCUGGGGGUCGAAGCGUGUUGGCCAUGAGCAGGUCACAUGGUGUCUACAUCACAGGGGACUUCCUGCUCAGGAAGGGCGAGCUGCUUUACGUCCUGGUGGGACAGCAAGGAGAGAACGCAUGCCCUAAUGUAAGUCUAUCCUGCAGUACUAUAAUGCAGACAGUAGGUGUUGAGCAGCAUGUGAGAACAUGCAGUUUACAGUAUGUCAUGAAAGCAAAAGAUAGGGCAGGAAUUAUCAUACGGAUUCAAUUUGUUGAUCUUCUUUGAAAUAGCUGUGAACGCUUCAAUGACCCAACUGAAUUGGGAGUCAAACGUAUUUCUCUGUUUUGUAUUUGUUGUCUCAAAAUAAUGUAAAUGUGGGAAGUUGUUAUAAACUGAACUGUCCGCACCGUAGUGAAACUCAACAUUCUUUGACGUUGUCUAACUUUCAGACCAACCAAAAUUGAAUCGCACCUUCUUGUUGUCGGAAAUGUUUCAUAGUUUCAUAGUUAAUAGUUUUUUUCUCUUAAUAAAAGGAAGAAAAAAGGUCUUUGGGGAAAUAUGCGAAAUGAUCUCAUUUGUCUCAGCCGUCUGGAGGGGCGUGUACCUGUCUGUGUUUGAUUGACAGCAGCUUGCAGUGCUGCCAGAGUGCUGGUGAGGAACAAACUGGUGCUGCCGCUUACAUGUCAUGUGCAGACAGCAGCGGCGGGCCGUGCAUUUUAUACCUGGGCCUGCACUCGUAAAUGAAGCUCAACACCUACAAAUACACUAUGA